AUGUCGGGGACGUGUGGGGAUUGUCUCCGCUUCUUUUCUCCUCUGUUUCCUCGUACACUGGCCCUCUUGAACCAGACGCUCGGCCACUCUGACAUCACAGAUUUUUCAGCUCACACUUUGGCCCUUUUGAAUCAGACGCUGAGCCACACAAACAUCACCGGUGUGUACUGUGACACCUCUAUAGAUGGCAUCGGUACCUGCUGGCCCAGAAGCAGUGCUGGGGUGGUGGCGCUGCCAUGUCCCGAGUUUCUCAACGGUGUGCGCUACAACACCUCCAACAACGUGUACAGAGAAUGCCUCACCAACGGAACCUGGGCCAUGAAAGGAAACUACUCACAGUGCCAUCCGAUUUUGACUGAGGAGAACAAGAGUAAGCUUCACUACCACAUAGCAGUGAUCAUAAACUAUCUGGGCCACUGCAUCUCACUCGGAGCCCUCCUGGUGGCCUUCAUUCUCUUCAUGCGGCUCAGGAGUAUCCGCUGUUUGAGGAACAUCAUCCACUGGAAUCUCAUCACAGCCUUCAUCCUGAGGAACGCCACCUGGUUCGUCGUUCAACUCACCAUGAAUCCAGAGGUCCAUGAGAGCAAUGUGAUCUGGUGUCGGCUGGUGACUGCGGCGUAUAACUAUUUCCACGUGACCAACUUCUUCUGGAUGUUUGGGGAGGGUUGCUACCUGCACACGGCUAUCGUGCUCACCUACUCCACCGACAAACUCCGCAAGUGGAUGUUCAUCUGCAUCGGCUGGUGUAUCCCAUUCCCCAUCAUAGUGGCCUGGGCCAUCGGAAAACUCUACUAUGACAAUGAGAAGUGCUGGUUCGGGAAGCGGGCGGGCGUCUACACAGACUACAUCUACCAGGGGCCGAUGAUCCUUGUGCUGCUGAUCAACUUCAUUUUUCUCUUCAACAUUGUCAGAAUCCUGAUGACCAAGCUCAGAGCCUCAACAACAUCAGAGACCAUUCAGUACAGGAAAGCUGUGAAGGCCACUCUAGUACUCCUGCCGCUCCUGGGCAUCACCUACAUGCUGUUCUUUGUCAACCCGGGUGAAGACGAGAUCUCCCAGAUAGUUUUCAUCUACUUCAACUCCUUCCUAGAGUCCUUCCAGGGCUUCUUUGUAUCUGUGUUUUACUGCUUUCUGAACAGUGAGGUUCGAUCUGCAGUUCGGAAAAGGUGGCACCGUUGGCAGGACAAACACUCAAUCCGCGCCCGCGUGGCACGCGCCAUGUCCAUCCCGACCUCGCCGACUCGUGUCAGCUUCCACAGCAUCAAGCAGUCAUCGGCCGUGUGAGAAAGAAGGUUCUGGGCUCGGCUGGCUGGACGACUGGACGGCUAUGGUCUCUUUGGUCACCUGGUUCCACUGCACCACCACGCCUCCUCGACAGCCUACACCGCACACACCUCCGGCUCUCUUCGUCACGUCGCGUUGCGUCACGUCAUGUCAUGUCAAGUUGUCGCUUCUUCCUGCUAAGUUGCUGGGAGACCAGGAAACAAAACAAAAACAAAACAGAAAACCAUACAGGUCCAUACAGGGUACACAAUUUUCCAGUCAGUAACAAAUAACAACACAGGACGACAGGCGACUGGAGAUGUGGCACACAUACGAGACAAACGACUUGUUUUGGUGCCAUCUCAAGAAGCCAAAAGGCUUGUUUUGAUCAGCAGAAGGGUCAGAAAGUAACUGUUUCAUCUGUUGUGAGAAUGAGAAUGGGACUUGAUUGACCCCAAAACACAGAUUGCAGGAGCCAAAGAAAGGAUCGGUAAACGGUUUAGCUCUCCAGGGAUGUUGGCAAGGGAUUCUGUCAACUGGCAGCAAUCAAAAGUUCAAUUUCCUCUGGUCCGUUUCAGUUCCUUAAUGACCUCCACCUCUGGCCACAGCAGGAGCUGGGACACAGUUUGUCGCCAGAGUGAAACUUGAAACGACAAGGUCAUAGAGGAGGAGAAACGAAUGACUGAGCCAGAAGGUGCGAAGACAUCCGUAGUGAUAAAAUACACACACCCAACUUGCUCAUAGUUUACGCUGAAUUGCGUCUUGACUAAGGGGGCUGCGAUUUAUUGGAGAGUCUUUGUGGAAAUCGCACCUUUGAAAUCAGAUGUCAAUGUUUGCAGAGGACAAAUUGGAGGGCGCAAAGACUCAUCUAACAGAUUUGCUAAUUAUUAGAACUGCUAUUUAUGCUGGACUCUUUUUUUCCCUCUCUGGUCGGUGCAGGCUACUGCCCUUUGUCCUUUGCGUCACUCAGUACUAUUCAUAGAUGUGUCUUUGAAGUAUUAUACAUUUAUUCCCCUCGGUACAGAACAGUAUGUACAGUGUUAUCAAUCUGAUUUGACAUCAGAAAGCUGUUUUUUUUUUUUUUUUUUGUGAAAUAAUGACAACCCAGGAUGUUGCUGUAACCUGCAGGAAGUGAGCUUUCUGUAUAGGUGAUGUCUUGACAACAUCUAUGUCUAGAGUCUUCAUAACACAUCUGUAAGCAUUUCAGAGCAUUUAUAGAGGGGAGUAAUCUGAGUGUGGGUAUGAACCACCUAUGAUAGUGUUUGGUGUGUGGGGGGUGGGGGUGAUUAAGGAAUGGAUAUAAAUUGGAGUUUUCACAAAAAAAUAGGUGUCUCAAAUGUAGAACAACCAAGCCACACAUCUAUAAAAA